ACUGUCAUAAUAAUGUACAAUUAUACUACUAGUCCCAUCAAACAACUACUACACUGUCAUAGUAAUGUACAAUUAUACUACUAGUCCCAUCAAACAACUACUAUACUGUCAUAAGAAUGUAAAAUUAUACUACUAGUACCUUCAAACAACUACUAUACUGUCAUAAGAAUGUAAAUUGAUAUUAGGCCCAUCAUACAAUUACUAUACGUUUGCAUUAUAAACGUUUGCUUUUGUUCCAUUCAUUGUGUACAGUUUUGGUUAUUUGGCAUCCAAAUAUUACCAAAAUAUCACGAUCCCGUUCUAACGGUUUUCGAUGACUCAAUACCACGUCAUCUUUUGUCUGUCACGUUCCCUUUAAGCGAGGAAUGUAAACAAACUGAUUACAGUCUGCAAAGUUCCCACGAUUCCUCACAUACCUGUGGCGUCCACAGAACUUCCCCAUUAGCAUACCUGACAUACCCGAGACUGACACCAAACCCAGUCGGCCUACACAAAGGGAGCAAAGCAGUCUCUGAGAAUAGAUGAUUUCUGGACCACACCUGCUCGUAACGCUAGUUUAAGCAACACUUACACCUCCACACAGCUACUAAAAAUACAUCUGAAGAAACCAGAAGUCUAACAAAACAUUAGAUUUUACUUGCUCGACAUAAACAGCAAAGACAAAAGUGAUGAAAAUAUGGUGACGCACCUCCUGAAACUACUUUCUACCCUGCAAAAAGUUAAUAUCUUUCAUUGUAGGUUUGUGAUGCAACGGUGGGUAAUUCCCUGUAAAUUAACUCUCGACGCUGCUCUGCCAACGCACGUCUGAGCUAAUGAGAAUCGUUCCAUUCACAAAAUGUGGACAAACAGCAAUCACAACAUUUCUGUGCUCAAAGAGAUCCGCCCACCACGCUUGUGUGACUGCAAUCCCCAUGGUGACGUUGAGCUUUAGAGUUAUUUGAGGAAGACGAGGUGACUCACCUGUACUGGAUUUGACCUAGAAGGUGAUCGUAUGUGUCUUCUCUAAGAUAUAAUUCAGAUAAGACGGAAAAAUUGAUUCAGUCCUUUCAAUGAUGGCAGAACACGGAGACCCUUGCACUGGGUCAGAAGUCAACUUUUGUAUGAAUGGAGGAAUGUGCUUUAGAAUACACUCCGUGUCUACACCCACUUGUGUGUGCAGUGCAAACUAUGAGGGCAGCAGAUGUGAGCAGUUUCAGCUGUUCAGUUUCUCACACAGCAGUGAGGAGAAGGGAAUGAUCGCAGCCGCAGUCAUCAUCGUGCUUCUCAUCAUAGUAGUGCUCUGCGUGGUCAUAUAUUACAUCUGCAAAAUGAAGAGAUCUGCCCAAAGGCAACCGAAACCUGAAGAAAAGUACUUGAGAGACAAUUCAACAGUGUGAUAUUUUAUAUUGCUGUGUGAUUCGACACGUGGACUCAUUGGGGU